UCGUUAUCAUCGGUUUGAUGGCAGUCACGAGAUAUCGACGUGCUCGAACGGUAUCUUAUUAGUGUUUUGACAAUUGCAAAAGAUAGAAAUGAUUAAGGCACAGGUCGAGAGGAACACCGCCGUGCGCGAAAAGAUACUCGAUCUACAUGACGUUCACGUGGGAGAGGUUCCGCAGGAUUCGCCGUGGCUAAGUACCGUGCGUAUAAACUACACGCAAGAUGGGCAACAUAAACAAUGGGACGUUAUAAAAUCCCAUGACAGCGUGAGUAUACUGAUCUUCAACACAACACGAAAGAAGCUCGUAUUUGUCAGGCAAUUCCGACCGGCAGUGUAUUACUGGUCGGUACCAGGAGAGCAAGACAAGAUCGAUGUCGAACAUUAUCCUGCAACUUUGGGACUGUCCCUAGAGCUCUGUGCUGGUAUCGUGGACAAGAAUAAGUCUCUGAUGGAGAUAGCGAAGGAUGAGUUGAGGGAAGAGUGUGGUUACGAGGCACCUUUAUCUGCAUUCAACCAGAUUCUCACCUAUAGAUCUAGCGCUUCUGCCAGUGCAAAACAAACACUUUUCUAUAUAGAGGUCACAGAUGAUAUGCUUAUACAUCCUGGCGGAGGUUCCGAGGCCGAAGGUGAGCUCAUAGAAGUGGUCGAAUUCAGCAUUCCAGAACUGAAGGAUUAUAUGAAUUCUGAGGAAGUAACGAGUCCUUCUAGCUUCCUCUUUGGUAUAUCCUGGUUUCUAGUUAAUAAACCUGAACACUGCUCAUAUGAUUGAAACAAAGAAAAGAAACAAAGAUUUUCUUAUUGUUACCUGGAGUAAAGAAAUAUAAAUUAUAUGAAUAAAAAACCAACCUUCAAAAUUUUAUAGCAGUUUAGAAUUAUCAGGCAGAAAUCAUUCAGUUGAAUUUAUUUAAAAUACAGCAUAUGUACACAAGCAGUCACGCGAGACAAUUGAAUAAUUAAUAUUACGCAAAAUCACAAAAACCAACACUCAAUUGCCCAGUUCAUCUUUUGUGAAUUGGGAGCUGACCCAUGCAAGACCCCAUUUUAGAUUUGUUAGUAAAAAUUUUAAAGCCUUGGUCCACUGUUCCUCUGAGUUGAACUGUAUCCUGUAAAGAGAAGAAAUAUUCAGUUAAUAAUUAAUCAAGCGAUAAUGUUAUUUAUAAAUAAGUUUAUCAAUUUAUAGAUAAAUUAAAAUGUAGAUAUCAAAUAUAA